AUGUUGGUAAUUACUUUCUUCUUGAUUUAAAUUUGUUGGACAUUUCGAAACUAUUGGAGUGAAUAUAGUUCGUUACCAUACAAAAUAACUUGUCCAGGCUAUCAUAUUUAUUGGCCAGGGAUGUCACCACAUUCUUGUGUAGGUUAGUAAAAUUGAUAAUAUUUAGGGUAUGCAAAUGAAUGCUAUGCUUAAACUGAGUUAAAAGUUAUAAAAGUGAGUAAUUACGAAGUCUUGUGUCAUCCAAGAGCAAAGGCUUAUGGUUUAUGGCCAGUUCCAUACACUAGUUAUUUCUUGUAAGGUAAGCCUCCAAGACUCUUAGUCUAUGAAUUAAAUUCUAAUGGUGAGUUAUUGGUUGGUGUGGAGUAAAUAGGGAAUCUAGUGACAUAUAAUUGCAUAGUAACACAGAAAUUUCAAGGGACAUACAAAUGUUAGAUAUGUUACAAUAGUUGUGGAUUAAUGUGUUCAAGUGUCGUUUGCCCUCCUUAUAAUGCUCCUGGUAGUUUUUAUUGUAAAAUAAUUAGUUUGUGGAGUAAGUUGUAAGACUUGUGAUUCAACAAAUAAAAAUUGUGCUACUUGUUAAAUAGGUUAUUCUCCAAUGAAUGAGAAUGACACAAAGUGUAGUUUAAGUAUGAUAUUAUAUAGAUUAUUUAAGAAUGCAAUACAGGAUAAUAAAAUUGUUAAAUUGUUGAUUUAGUAUAUUCAUUUACUGAUUGUUAAGUGGGAUAUGAAUUAUUAGAUGAUGAUUGUGUGUGUAUUAAAUAUCUUAUUGUAUUAGAGUGUCCUAUUCAUUGUAAAACAUGUUCUUUUGGAUAAUGUAGUGAAUGUGAAUGGCCAUAUUCUUUAAAAAGUUAUAAAUGUUUUGGUGAUCCAAAUUGUGUCAAAUAUGAUUACAUAUAUGAUUAAAUUACAGGUGAAACAAUAGAUAUCAAUUGUUUAUAAUGUGAUCUUCAAUAUUUCAAAUAUUAAUCAAUUUGUACAAGUAUUAAAUUUGUUUAAUUAUGUAGAAUGUGAAUCAUUACCAGCUUUAAUUGGAUGUUUUGCUUGUGCUAAUGAAAAUGAAUGUCUAUUUUGUUGGGCAACAUAUUACUUGACUCCUUAGAAAUUAUGUGCACCAUUUAUAGGAUGUAAUUCAAUUUGUCAGACUUGUCUUAAUACUGAUCCAGAUUAUUGUACCACUUGUGAUUGGAUAAAUUAACAUAGAUCUUCUUAAAUAGAAAUUGGGAAGUGUAUUUGUGAUAUCUCUUAAGAAUAUGCUGAUAAGGAUGGAACAUGUACUCUAUGUACUACAGGUGUUUGUUUAACUUGUACUACCAAUUUUUAUGAAUGUACAUCUUGUAAACCUGGUUUAAAUAGAGAACAUAUAGGUCUUAAAUGUCCUUGCAUAUAAGGUUAUUAUGAUACUGGUUAUGAAGAUGGAAUUUGUGAGUGUACAAAUUAUUAAUUAAUUAUGUAGAAUGUUUUCCAUCUUGUUAUAAUUGUUCUGGUCCUUUAGAUAAUGAUUGUACUGAUUGUGGUGAUCCAAAUAUAUAUCACAAAGAAUUAUUUCAAAAUAAAUGUGUUUGUGCCAAAAGAACAGUUUAAUUCAUUUUACCUAAUGGUUUAACUAGAUGUGAUCGUAUAUAAUUAUUUAUAUACUUUAAAGCUUGCCAUCCAAAAUGUGAAAAAUGUCAAAUCCCAUAUGAUAAUUCUACAAAUCAAUUUUGUACAAUGUGCAUACCAGGACAAAACAGAAUUGUUUCUGAAGAUUUGAAAUGUAUUUGUAGAGAUGGAUAUGGAGAAGAUGGGAUUUUAGAUAUAUGUUUUAGUACAUCCCAUAUUUGUAUUUCUUAGAAUGUCAUUAUUCAUGUCUAAGUUGCAAUGGACCAUUAUCAACUAAUUGUACAUUAUGUUCAGACAUUAGUCAUAGAUAACUAUCAUCAAAUAAUUAAUGUCUUUGUUAUGGAGCCUACUAUGAUGAUGGUAGUGAAACAAUAAAUUGUUAAUGUAAAUAAAAUUAAAUAACAACUUUUAGAAUGUCAUCACUCUUGUACACUUUGUAAUAAUAGUUAUUUAGAUAAUUAAUGUAAGGCUUGUCCCUCUACAAGAUAACCAGAUGGAUUUGGAUAAACUUUUAAAUGUUUAUGCAAGGAUUCUCAUUAUUAUGAUAAUGAAUUAAUGUUGGAAUGUCAAGAAUGUCAUUACUCUUGCUUGACUUGUAAUGGUAGUGAUAAUAAAAGUUGUUAAUCAUGUGAUCCAAUUUAUAGAUAAUUAAUCAUUUCAAUAUGUGAAUGCAAUUAUGGAUUUUAUGAAAUUGGACUACUACAAUGUGAUUGUAAUUUUGAAAUCUAUUAUCUAAGAAUGUUAUUAUACUUGCAAAACCUGCUUUUCAUCUGAUAUUACUAGUUGUAUAACCUGCUUCUCUGAACAUAAUAGAAUCAUAAAAGGAAAUAAAUGCAUAUGCAAGGAUGGUUACAUGGAAAAGAGUCUUAAUGAUCCUAUGUGUUAUUGUAAUUAUUUUAUUGUUAAAUUAGAAUGCUCAUAUAAAUGUGCCAAUUGUGCCAACCAAAUUGAAUAUUGUACUUCUUGUCCAUCAUUUUCAUUAAGGGAUUUAGGAACUGAUAAUUCAUGUUCAUGUCCUUCUAAAGCUUAUGAUAAACCUGGUAAUCCAAUAUGCAUAUGUAUAUACUAUUUAUAUUAAUAUUAAGAUUGUCAUUAUACUUGUAAAACUUGUAGUGGAACCAAUUCUGGUGAAUGUGAAAAUUGCGAUGCUCUUAAUUAUAGAUAUUUAAACAAUGGAUUAUGUCCUUGUAUUAACAAAUAUUUCGAUGAUGGCAUGCCUGAAUGUUAAUGUAUAUAUUUUUUACUAUAAUUUAUAGCUUGUAGUCCAUAUUGUUAAGAUUGUGUUGAAAAUUUAAAUAAAUGUACAUCUUGCAAGUCUGAUAAAUAUCUAAAUGGAAAUACUUGUAUAUGCAAAACAAAAGUUCAAGGAAAUUCUAUUAGUACAUUUCAAACUUCUACUAAGAUUGAUUGCUAAAGUAUAUUUCCUUUUAUUUAUCAAGAUUGCCACUAUUCAUGUCUAACUUGUGACGGCCCUAGUUUUAAUAAUUGUCUCACAUGCUUAGAUACUGAAAUGAGAGAGCUGUCUGGGUCUAUAUGUAUAUGCAAACCACCUUAUUUUGAUAAUGGCAAAGCUAAAUGCUUAAGUAAUUAUAACACAUUACUUAUAUAGUUUGCAAUUACAGAUGUCAAGAAUGUGCAAGUAAUGAAUCUUAAUGUUUAUCUUGUCUCCCUUCAAGUUUAAGGUAAUUCAAUGCCUUAUAAGGGUCAUGCUAUUGCCCAUAAAAGUACUUUGAUGAUGGAUCCAAUAGCAUUUGUUAAUGUAAAACUCAUUAAUUUAUAAAUAUAGAAUGCCAUUAUAGUUGUCAAACCUGUAGUUUGGUUAACACUAAAUGUGAUUCCUGUAUGCUAACAGCUAAUAGAACAUAUGAGAGUAUUCUUUAAACUUGUAGCUGCAAUCUGGGUUAUUUUGAUGACGGUGUAGAGAUUUGUAAAUAAUGUCAUCAUUCUUGUUUAUCUUGUAAUGGCAUAGGAUUUAAUUCUUGUAUGACUUGCAAGGAUAGUACCAUUUCUUAUAGGGCAUAUAUAAAUUAGGUUUGUCAAUGUCUAGUGGGUUAUUAUGAUGAUGGAGUUUCAAGUAUUUGUUAAUAGUGCUAAGUUUAAUGCUUAACUUGUUUAAAUUAAUCUUAUUAUUGUACUUCAUGUUCGAUAACAAGACAUUUAAAUUUGCAAACUUGUAUUUGUAAUACAGGAUUUUUUGAAACAGGAUCAUCUUAAUGUUCUAAAUGUGAUUCUAAUUGCCUCAAAUGCAUCUCAAAUCCUUAUAAAUGCACUGAAUGUGACUCUACUCUUUUAAAAUCACUAGAUCCUAACACUUAUGAAUGUAAGUGUUAAAAUGGUACCACUGAUGUAAAUGGAGUUUGCUAAUUUUGUGAUGUCUCUUGUUUAACAUGUUCAAAUUCUAUUUCAAAUUGCACAGCCUGUCAACAAAUGAAAUAAUUAAUUAAUAACAAAUGUCUCUGCGUAAAUGGUACAUUUGAAUCAGAAGCUGACCGAUAAUGUAAAAUUUGUCAUCCUUCGUGUGAAACAUGUGCUUAUGAUGAAAACCAUUGUUUGACUUGUUCACUCAUUAAUUUUAGGAUCAAAUAAUCAGGUAAUACAUGUUAAUGUAUGAUUGGCUAUUUUGAAGAUAAAAUGACUUUAGCCUGUAAAGAAUGUAAUUAAUCAUGUCUGACAUGUGAAGGAAUCUCUUCAUAUUGCACAUCAUGUGAUUAAUCACUAAAUUUAACUUUAAGCAUUUAAAAUUAAUGUAUUUGCAGCAGUUCAUUUUAUUAUAAUCUAAUAUCUAAAAAAUGUGAAAGUAAAUGAUUUAUAAGAUAAAAAUAGAUUGUAAUGUUACAUGUAAGGAAUGUCAAAAUGUAUAAAAAUGUAUUGAAUGUGAACCAAUUAGUAGAUUUUAUGAUCCAGAUAAUUUUAAAUGUUUAUGUAAAGAUGGUUAUUAUGAAACAAAUGAAAAAAUGUGUUAAUGUAAUUAUAAUAAUAUUUAUAAAUAGUAUGUGAUUUGAGUUGUAGAACAUGUAUAAAUUAAAAAAUAAAUUGUUUAACAUGUGAAUCAUUAUAUUUUAGAUUGUUCAAUAAUAAUACUAAUUAAUGUCUUUGUUUAGAUGGUUACUAUGAUGUUGGUAUUGAAAUGUGUUAAAAAUGUAAUAAUUUAUGUAAAACUUGUUAAUAAAUAUCAACUAAAUGUUUAUCUUGUUAUGAAAAUGAAUAAAUAAGAAUAUUAAAUAAUAAUUAAUGUUAAUGUAAAUCUGGAUAUUUUGAUAAUGGAUAAUUAAUAUGUGAAAGUAAUUAUUAUUAUUUAUUUAUUUAUUAAUUUUAGAAUGUUCUAAAUCUUGUUUAACAUGUUAAGGAAAAAAUGAUUAUUGUACUAGUUGUGAUAUCAAUUUAAAUAGAAUAGAUUAAUCACCAAUUCAUAAAUGUCCAUGUUAAACUAAUUUCUAUUAAGAUUAAAAUGAAAUUUGUUAAAGUAUAUUUAUUAUAUAUAUUAGAAUGUCAUAUUAAAUGUUCUGGAUGUAUAUCAUAAAAAGAUAAAUGUAUAAGUUGUAAAACAUCAAGUACAUCUAAUAGAUUAUCAAUUACAUAAAAUUGUGAUUGUAUUGAUGGAUAUUAUGAUGAUGGUGUUUAAUUUUAAUGUUAAAAAUGUAGUUAUUAAUGUAAAACAUGUACACAAUCCCCAUAAAAUUGUUUAUUAUGUCUUAGUAAUUUAAGAGAAAUAAUUCCUACAUGUAAUUGCAAAUCUGGAUAUUUUUAAAAUGAAUAAUAAACAUGUGAAUGUAUUUAUAUUCUAUUAUUAAUAUAGAAUGUGAAAAUCAAUGUAAUACAUGUGAAAAAUUAUCAUAUAAUUGUACAAGUUGUAAAGGUAUUAGAAUAAAUAAAACUUGUGAUUGUUUAGAUGGAUAUUUUGAAGCAGGAUAACCUGAUUGUAUAAGUAAUCCUUAUUAAUUAAUAUUUAUAGAAUGUGAUUUUUAAUGUUUAACAUGUAAAGGAAAUCAAUCUUAUUGUUUAUUAUGUAAAGGUGAUCGUAUUAAUAUUCCAUUUUGUAAUUGUUAAGAUGGAUAUUAUGAUGAUUUCUAAAGUCUUGAUUGUUAACAAUGUGAUCCAAAUUGUAAAACUUGUAAUCUAGAGGGAUGUUUAAUUUGUAAUGGAAAUAGGGUAUUAUCAGAAGAAAAAACUUGUGAUAGUCCUUAAAAUUCAGUUAGUCAUCCAGAAACACCAUGGUGUUCAAGUAAAUGAAUUUUAUUAAUAUUUAUAGCUUGUGAAGUUGCUGUUUUGGAUAUUCGUUUUUCUGAUGAUUUACUUUCAAUCAAAGUGUUAUUUGAUUUUAAUUUGAAUCCAAAUUAUUUUUCANUGGUAUUGAAAUGUGUUAAAAAUGUAAUAAUUUAUGUAAAACUUGUUAAUAAAUAUCAACUAAAUGUUUAUCUUGUUAUGAAAAUGAAUAAAUAAGAAUAUUAAAUAAUAAUUAAUGUUAAUGUAAAUCUGGAUAUUUUGAUAAUGGAUAAUUAAUAUGUGAAAGUAAUUAUUAUUAUUUAUUUAUUUAUUAAUUUUAGAAUGUUCUAAAUCUUGUUUAACAUGUUAAGGAAAAAAUGAUUAUUGUACUAGUUGUGAUAUCAAUUUAAAUAGAAUAGAUUAAUCACCAAUUCAUAAAUGUCCAUGUUAAACUAAUUUCUAUUAAGAUUAAAAUGAAAUUUGUUAAAGUAUAUUUAUUAUAUAUAUUAGAAUGUCAUAUUAAAUGUUCUGGAUGUAUAUCAUAAAAAGAUAAAUGUAUAAGUUGUAAAACAUCAAGUACAUCUAAUAGAUUAUCAAUUACAUAAAAUUGUGAUUGUAUUGAUGGAUAUUAUGAUGAUGGUGUUUAAUUUUAAUGUUAAAAAUGUAGUUAUUAAUGUAAAACUUGUACACAAUCCCCAUAAAAUUGUUUAUUAUGUCUUAGUAAUUUAAGAGAAAUAAUUCCUACAUGUAAUUGCAAAUCUGGAUAUUUUUAAAAUGAAUAAUAAACAUGUGAAUGUAUUUAUAUUCUAUUAUUAAUAUAGAAUGUGAAAAUCAAUGUAAUACAUGUGAAAAAUUAUCAUAUAAUUGUACAAGUUGUAAAGGUAUUAGAAUAAAUAAAACUUGUGAUUGUUUAGAUGGAUAUUUUGAAGCAGGAUAACCUGAUUGUAUAAGUAAUCCUUAUUAAUUAAUAUUUAUAGAAUGUGAUUUUUAAUGUUUAACAUGUAAAGGAAAUUAAUCUUAUUGUUUAUUAUGUAAAGGUGAUCGUAUUAAUAUUCCAUUUUGUAAUUGUUAAGAUGGAUAUUAUGAUGAUUUCUAAAGUCUUGAUUGUUAACAAUGUGAUCCAAAUUGUAAAACUUGUAAUCUAGAAGGAUGUUUAAUUUGUAAUGGAAAUAGGGUAUUAUCAGAAGAAAAAACUUGUGAUUGUCCUUAAAAUUCAGUUAGUCAUCCAGAAACACCAUGGUGUUCAAGUAAAUGAAUUUUAUUAAUAUUUAUAGCUUGUGAAGUUGCUGUUUUGGAUAUUCGUUUUUCUGAUGAUUUACUUUCAAUCAAAGUGUUAUUUGAUUUUAAUUUGAAUCCAAAUUAUUUUUCAUUAUAAUUCUCAGAUAACAUCUGUUAAAAAAUAUUACAACCUACAACUGUUUAGAAAUUAGGAAUUAACCCUAAUUGUUAAUUAGAAUUUGAAAAUUAUAAAUAGUUAGUUUUGUUUCUAGGAUAGAAUGGAACUAUCCUCCCUGGAGAUCCUAUUGAAUUUUUGGAAAAUUCUUUGGGUCAUGUAGAAUGCGAGAGUAAAAUUAAUUUAUUUAUAUCCUCCACAUUGAAAUUACCUAGGAACCCAUUAAUACCAAUUAUAGAUUAUGAAGUACANUCAUAAAUGUCCAUGUUAAACUAAUUUCUAUUAAGAUUAAAAUGAAAUUUGUUAAAGUAUAUUUAUUAUAUAUAUUAGAAUGUCAUAUUAAAUGUUCUGGAUGUAUAUCAUAAAAAGAUAAAUGUAUAAGUUGUAAAACAUCAAGUACAUCUAAUAGAUUAUCAAUUACAUAAAAUUGUGAUUGUAUUGAUGGAUAUUAUGAUGAUGGUGUUUAAUUUUAAUGUUAAAAAUGUAGUUAUUAAUGUAAAACUUGUACACAAUCCCCAUAAAAUUGUUUAUUAUGUCUUAGUAAUUUAAGAGAAAUAAUUCCUACAUGUAAUUGCAAAUCUGGAUAUUUUUAAAAUGAAUAAUAAACAUGUGAAUGUAUUUAUAUUCUAUUAUUAAUAUAGAAUGUGAAAAUCAAUGUAAUACAUGUGAAAAAUUAUCAUAUAAUUGUACAAGUUGUAAAGGUAUUAGAAUAAAUAAAACUUGUGAUUGUUUAGAUGGAUAUUUUGAAGCAGGAUAACCUGAUUGUAUAAGUAAUCCUUAUUAAUUAAUAUUUAUAGAAUGUGAUUUUUAAUGUUUAACAUGUAAAGGAAAUUAAUCUUAUUGUUUAUUAUGUAAAGGUGAUCGUAUUAAUAUUCCAUUUUGUAAUUGUUAAGAUGGAUAUUAUGAUGAUUUCUAAAGUCUUGAUUGUUAACAAUGUGAUCCAAAUUGUAAAACUUGUAAUCUAGAGGGAUGUUUAAUUUGUAAUGGAAAUAGGGUAUUAUCAGAAGAAAAAACUUGUGAUUGUCCUUAAAAUUCAGUUAGUCAUCCAGAAACACCAUGGUGUUCAAGUAAAUGAAUUUUAUUAAUAUUUAUAGCUUGUGAAGUUGCUGUUUUGGAUAUUCGUUUUUCUGAUGAUUUACUUUCAAUCAAAGUGUUAUUUGAUUUUAAUUUGAAUCCAAAUUAUUUUUCAUUAUAAUUCUCAGAUAACAUCUGUUAAAAAAUAUUACAACCUACAACUGUUUAGAAAUUAGGAAUUAACCCUAAUUGUUAAUUAGAAUUUGAAAAUUAUAAAUAGUUAGUUUUGUUUCUAGGAUAGAAUGGAACUAUCCUCCCUGGAGAUCCUAUUGAAUUUUUGGAAAAUUCUUUGGGUCAUGUAGAAUGCGAGAGUAAAAUUAAUUUAUUUAUAUCCUCCACAUUGAAAUUACCUAGGAACCCAUUAAUACCAAUUAUAGAUUAUGAAGUACAAUAACAAUAUAAUAUUAAUGAAUACCAACAUAUUUGGUAAAUCCUUGUGAUGAUAACAAUAUUUAAAUGAAAUCUAAAUAGUAUGAUGGUUUAAGAGCAUUAAAUAGUAUUUUUUGGUAAUAUUAAAUAAAUGGUAUAAAUGGAAAUGGUAAUCUUGAAAGUUUUGUUUAAUAAUAAACGUCUCUUUAAAUUUUAGAUUUAAACAUUCCUUUAUCCACUUUACCUAAAUAAUCAACAAUUUUUUUAUUUAUUUCAUUUAAAAAUUUUGUAGGUUAAAAGAAUUAAAUUAAGAUUGAAUUAGCCACUCAUUCAGGUGAAUUUCCAACAAUUCUUUUAGUUAGUAAACGAAAGUUCUUUACAUUUGAGAAUAUAAUGCUAUUGUUUACAAUAAAUAGAAAAGUUUGUGAAGGAUCAAUUGAAACAAAUAAAGAUGUUUCAAAAUAUUAAAUUGAUUUAAUUGAAAUUUAUAGAAAUAAUUCUAAUUCUAGAUCUUCAAGAAUGAAUUAUUCAACAUUGACAAGUGAAACAACUUUUAAUGUUACUAUUCAAAAUUACACUCUGACUCCUCUUACUACUUAUACAUUCAAAUUAUCAACAAUUGAUCCUUCUAUUCUUUUUUCUGUUUCAAGAAAUAUUACAAUAGAAAUAGCUAAGGCAGGAUUAAAUUGUCAAUUUACAGGAACUAAGAAAAUUUAUAAUUAUCGAAAGGAUGCAAUAAUUUAUAUUAAUUGCAGAGAUUUAGAUUCACAAUAUGAUUGGAAUGAAGAUCCUGAUUUAUCAAUUGAUGUUAAAUGUUUAGAUUUGAUAAUGAAUAGUUAAUGUUUGGAUUUAAAGAAGAAUAUCAUCUAAGUUAAUAGAACUGAUUCAAUAUAGACUAUACCAAAGUUAUCAGUUUAAACAUACUCAAUUUAAAUAUGGUAAGUGACAGCCAAGAAAUAGAAUAAUACAUCUUACACUUUUAGAUAAACUGUAGUUUAUUUGGACAAUGAUUUUAGUAUUUUAGAUAUGAAUUAUAGUAAAGGUUAUUAGAUGAGACCUAUCAAUAAUUAUGAAUCACUAUAAUUUACAUUUAAUAUCCCUUUUGAUUAUAGAUAAUCUAUAGUAGAAUAUCAAGUAGCAAUUAUUUAUGAUUUUGAAUUAGUCAAACUACUUUCACCCAAAUACUUUUAAUUUCAAUUUAAAUUAUUUGAUUACUAUUAAGAUUUUAAUGUAGGAAAUUCUUUCUAUCUGAAAUUUGUCACAUAAUAUUCUUUUGAUAUUAUUCCAAGUUAAUAAGAUGUUUAAUUAAUCCUCAAUUAACCUCCUAUAUGCAAAGGAUAAUUAUAUAAUUAUAAUUCAUCUACAUUAAGUAAAUUAAAAAUUUUUGGGAAUUGUUAAUAUUCAGAUGACUCUCCCUUUUAAUAUCAAUUGCGAUUCUUUCUCAUAAACUAAGAUUAUGAAGAGUUUAAAAAAGGAAUCUCAGACAAUUCUCUUAUAUUGUAUUCUUUUUAAAGUUCAAAUAUUUUUGAAGUUUACUUACCUGCAUCAAAUGGAAUUUCUCUGAUUUAAGUUAUGGAUUAAGGAGGAUCAAUCUCAAAUGUGAUAUUUGAAAUCAAUUCAUAAAAAACUGAAUUCAAUUGUAGUACAUUGUAAAAUGUUACUUUUGAAUUUAAAUACCAAAUUGCUUUAGUUUUAGAAAUUAUGUUAAAUCAUUAUGAUAAAGAUGAUUGUGCUGUUUUAGUUAAAUAAUUGAUGUCGACAAUAAAAUCUUAAUUAAAUUAAUUUUAAUUUAAUGAUUUAAUGCUCGCCUAUUAAGUAAUAAAAUUAUAAGCAAAACUGAUGAUUGAAUAAAUUAAUACAAAAUCAAAAUCUAGAUUAUUGGAUUAGGUUGAUUUCAUUAAUUGUUAUGAUAAACAAAUUCAAAAGUUUAUAAUUAAGAGUUCUAAAAUUAAUGAAUAAAUUACUUAUAAUUCAUCGAUAUUAAAUGAAGAAUUAUAAAGUAUAAAAUCUGAGAUUAAAACCUUAAUUUUAUAGAAAAUAAGUUUAGAAGAAGAAAUUAAUAGUAAUCCUUUAUUUUUAGAUGAAAAACUAGUCUAGAAAUAUGAAUCUAUUAUAAAUUCAAUUUUCUCUUAAUUAUAUCUUAUUGAUGAUAUAUUUUCAUAGCUCUAAAAUAUUAAUGUCAAAUCUGAAGUUGAAAAAUAAAAAUUGUAUAAUAUUACAAUAGAAUUGUAAUUACUUAUUGAUCGAAUUUCAAAUUAGAUUUGUUCAAAAGCAAAAGUUAAUGAAGCAUAAUUAAUGAUAAAUGCAUCCAAUUUGAAUUUAAAUAUUAGUCGAAUUACGAAACCAGUCUUUAAUUCUUUAUUUAACAUUGUUGGAGAUACAACAGAUGCAUUAAUUGCCUUUCUUUAAAGAUAAGCCUUACAAAUUAAUUAUAACUAUUAUUAUUUAUCAAAUUAAGAUGAUAUAUCUUAAAUAUCCACUCUCUUGAAUUAAUCUAAUAUCUUUAUUGAAAGAAACUAUUAUGUCAAAACUUAAUUAUAAAAUUAUUUAUAUAAUAAUAAAGUAAUUUAACAUAAUACAUUAAUUAAAGAUUAUAUAAUUGAUAUUACAUAAUAUCAAUAUUGUUUAGAUUAAUCCUAUGAGUAAGAUGAAAUUUUUAAUUAUUUCUGUAUUAAUAGAGAUUAUAAUAAGUAAUUUCAUAAAUGCAAAAUAAUAAUUGAAGAAAAGGAAAAUAUUACAGUUUAAAUUUCUUGUUAAUGUUAAGAAUUAGGAGAAAUCUUUUUAAUUAAAUCACCCAAGUUGACUUUGAAUGAUUAGAAUAAUACAAAUAUCUCUAAUGAUAUUGGUGAUAAUAUUAAUAAUAACAUGACAAUAAUUAAUUAACCUAUAAUACUUUUUCAAGGUAUUUUCUUGGCAUUUUCUAUUUUUCUUUACUUUGAAUUAAUUUUCAUAGAAAUGAGAAGGAAAAUCAAUUAAGAUAUAAAAUAUAAUAAUAUCGAAACAAUUGAUGAUAUUAAUAAGAUUGAAAAGAAGAAUGUCCUUAUUUUGUUUCCAGGAUUAAUCUUUCUAUUUAAAUAAAACUUCUAAGUAAAUCUAUUAUUUCUAAAUUUAGUUUAUUCAUUCAAUCAUAUAAUUGUUUUAUUAUCAUGAUAAUCAUAUUAAUACAAGUUUUAGAUUCUUAUAAAUAUCAACUUCCAUUAAUUUCAUAUUCCCUUUAGCCAUUGCAGAGAUCAUAUAUCUAGAAGAGUUGGAUAUAUCUAUUGGAAUAAUUAUAAUAAAUCAAUUGAUUAUGCUCACUUUAAGAUUAAUGUUCAAAAUAUUUUAAGCAAUUUACAGAUUUAAAGGUAAAUUAGCCAUAUCUAUUAUUUUAAUCUAUUUUUCAAUAAAUGUGAUCUCAUAUACAAUAUCAAUUUUAUUGAUAAUUAGGAGGUAAUUAUCAAUACUAUAUACUAGGUUCGAUUCUGACAAUUCAAAAAAUAUAGAUGAAAUCAUAAUUUUUUCUAGUUCUAUUCUGA